GUAGCACGUUGCAGACACUGCAUCAGACAAGAGAAGAUACAAAACACAACCAGCUAGCAGAAGCAGCAGCACUUUAGGCUACUAAUAAUACUAUGCUGGAACCACACUCAGAGGCUGCGUUUAUGAGUGUGUAUCAGAAGAACAGUGUUGUGUGAGAAAGGCUACCUUGGAGCAGUGUUUAAUGAGUGCAGUUGAGAAUGAUGAGUCUUGACCCUGUGCAGGUCAUGAAGGACCAGGAACCUGUGUCCCUCAGCCCUUCAUCAGGCUCAAAUGGUGACAGCAAAGCCUCCUGGGGUGACAACGAGGACUUUUGUGAUAGUGUUUGUUCUACUAAAAAGCCCAAUAUUGGACCAGUGAGACGAGCAAGGAAGGUGGAGGGAGGCAUAUUCUUUCCAAAUCCAGAGAAUGCAGUAACGAUAGCCGUGUCCUCUCGAGUGAUGUUCCGCACAGAGAAAGAGCAGAAGGUGUUUGAAGAGAAAGGAGUGGAGGAAUACCUCAAGUACCAGGUGGAACACGAGAACGAACCUUUAACCCCUGGACCAGCAUUUCCAUUUGUUAAGGCCCUGGAGGCAGUUAAUGCACAAUUGCGAGAGCUAUACCCUGACAGUGAGGAGCUUUUUGACAUUGUGCUGGUGACCUACAAUCAUGCCCAUGUAGGAGUAAGACUAAUUAACACCAUCAACCACCACAAUCUGUUCAUUGAGCGGUUCUGCAUGACUGGCGGCAGUAGUCCGAUUGGCUACCUGAAAGCAUGGCACACAAACCUGUACCUGUCAGCUGACCCAAAAAAGGUGCAGGAGGCACUGGCUGAAGGCAUUGCAGCAGCCACCAUGUUUAUGGUCGAGAAGCAGAUAGAUGUUUCGGAGACACAGCUGAGAGUGGCAUUUGAUGGUGAUGCUGUUCUCUUCUCGGACGAGUCUGAACAAAUAUUCAAAGCUCAUGGCCUGGACAAGUUCUUUGAGCAUGAGAAAGAAAAUGAGAACAUGCUACUAGAUCGUGGUCCACUUAAAGGUUUCCUCGAGGCCCUCGGAAAGCUCCAGAAGAAGUUCUAUGCUAAAGGCCACAGGUUAGACUGCCCCAUUCGCACCUAUCUGGUGACUGCUCGCAGUGCGGCCAGCUCAGGCAUCCGUGCUUUAAAGACUCUCCGUGCCUGGGGACUGGAAACAGAUGAAGCUCUGUUUUUAGCUGGAGCUCCCAAAGGCCCCAUGCUGGAGAAGAUACGACCCCACAUCUACUUUGAUGAUCAGAUGUUCCAUAUUGAAGGUGCUGCAGAGAUGGGCACAAUUGCUGCACAUGUACCAUACGGGAUAGCACAGAAGUACCCUCACAAAAAGACUGCAAACUCUGACAAGUAGGGUUGGGAAUGGAAAUUAGACAUUGUACUGAGCUUCCUGCAUGACUCAAUGACUCAGUGAACCAGCAGCAAGAUAUUUACUUUUUUUUAACCAUCAUUAUUUUACAUAAAUUAUUGAGCUGAUUGGUUGACUUAUGUAUGUGACCAUUCACACAAUGAAGACACAGUUGAAGAAAAAAGAGACUAGUCCUUGAAUUUGUCACUCUAUCAUCUUUGUUUUAUUCACUGAUUUGAAAAUAACUAUGAUAGUUUUCUACCAUAAUAAGCUAUUAUAGUAAAUAGUCAAUAUAGAAUGUUGUUAUAUAAAGCCUAAGGCAGACUAUAUAUUAUGUAUAGUGUAGUAUAUAUUAUAUAGAAUUUAUGCCACAUAUUUUCUAUAACUCAAACAGUAGUUUUGGAUACAAUAUAAAUCAGGGUUAUAUUAAUGCACUCAUUCUAACAUAAUAUUGUUUCUUUAGAAACAACUUACGAAAUGACAUAUAUGGCAGAUGCUCCACGUACAUGGAUUUAAAAAAAAAUGUGUAAAGGUUGAUGUCAUUUAAAAAAAAAGUUUUCUGUGAGCCGAAAUUUCUUUAACAUUUAUGGAAGAGUCUCAAGUGGCAGAACUUUUCUGACACUGGAAAGUCUUCAAAAUGCAGGGCUUUACAGUUUCUUGGUAACACCUGAUGCAUUCUUUGUCUUAUUAACUUCAUGAGGCAGAAAGAAACACAGGCUGAUGAGGGAAGAAUUGUUUAUCGCUGCUACAAUGCAAGAGACAACAGGAACUGACUUGCUUCCCCGGAUGUUCCACAACGUAAAAUGUUACUAUAAAUGGAUAAAACAUACGAGGUGUCAUUUAUUAACAAAUAAAAAAACUUUAGCAUUGGCAAA